AAGAACACUAUUGUUUUCCCAAAACUAUUAAAAACACAUUAAUGAGCCACACUGUUGCACUGGCUGACAUGUACCUUCAUUACCAUGAAUACGGUCAAUGUAGCUUAUCUUGAAACGAUCCCACAUUCACCGUCCUGCGGCAGUAAAUAAUCACUUACUAAUGUGUAUUAAUUCACUGCUGAAAAUAGUCCCCAGCAAAUGCACGACCUCUCCUGUUUGAGUAACAUUUGCUAAAAACUGUUUUUGGAAAUCACUGAGCCUUUUUUUAAGAUGAAAGUGUAUCUUUGUCAAAAUAUAUAGAAAAUCAGGAAACAUACUUUUUUCCAGUCGUAGUUUUUGGUCAAUUCUAAGCCCACAACUAACAUAAACAAUGAAUCUGCCGAUUAGGUUCCAGAUUAAAUAGUAAUAUAAUCUAUAUAAUAAUACAAAAUUCCCCAGAGCCGAAAACAAAAUCUUUAAAUUGUUGAUUUUAUCUGAUAAAUGGUCCAAAAUCCUGAAAUAUUUCAUUUACAAUCAUAUGAAAUGAAAAGAAGCAGACCAUCUUCUGUUUAGAGAAGCUAGUAGCAGCAACUGUUUGGCAUUUUUGCUUCAUAAAUGAUUAAAAAGACUCAUUGAUUAUCAAAAAUUGUUGUCGGUUAACUAAUGACCUUAUCGAUGAAUCAACUCAUUGUUUCAGAGCUACACCAAACUGUAAGACUGUAAGACUGUCAACAAGGUUAUGAAUUGUAAAGAAACUCAAUCCUCAAGUCAUAAAUUCUACACUUAAUAUCUGAAUACUAGCUGAAAUCAGGGUUAGGUCAUUGAUCUGCUUUGAUUAUUUAACCUUUUUUCCACUGUUUACAAUAUAGAUUCAUCUUCUGGACUUAUAAGCUUGUGGUUGCACAUGGUGCUAGCUCUAUGGACUGUGAUUCUUCUCUUGGUGAGCAGAGCAGAUCAUUUCCUCACACUCUCCUCUGCUGAGCUGCUGAGAGCGAGGACGGCAGGCAAGAUCUGGGAGCUGGGGACUGGACUGAAUAUAGCAAGCUUGUAAUUAUCCUCAUCCUCCUACAUUUAAUCGCCUGCAGUUCCUUUGAGGGUUGGCUACUUCUGAGUUUGGACAGAGCAAGAAGAAAAGAAAUUAGCACAAUGGAGGAGCAAGACAUGCUGUGUAAACAAAAGAGACACGAGAUACCUCAACCUGCUUCACAUACAUUCAUGUAAUCAUUCUGCCAGGUUAAACUCUGGAGAAUAUUCAUGUCAUGAUGAAAUGGCUAGUAAGGUUUUCAUUUUUCAUGUACACAUAGGUAAUAACAUGCCAAACAUUGUGCAUUUUUCGAGAGUUUCAAAGUGACGUCACGUUUACAACAUCAUUGCGCGCAUACAUAAUUACAACAAACAAAACCGUGAGAUAGUGAACCAGCACCUUGAUAAAACUACAUUUUUCUCCCUAAGUGAUGCCCCAUUAACUUCCAUCAUCAUCUGUCAUAACAAUAAUCUGUUUGGACAGUCAGGAAAUACACAAAAAGGUGUUAUAUUUAGGAAGAAAGCGUCUCUCAAAAUGCUAUUUCUUUGAAAAGAAUGUAAAAUAAAAUGUGAUCUUGAUAGACCUCUAUUGGUAGCCAGGAGGAAUUACAACAACAGAGUUUACACUGACCAUGAUCACUAUGCCAUGUUUCACAUUUCUUUCACAACCCCAUGUCCCCUGUAAGGAAAAAGGGCAUGCAAAUGAUGGAAAUGUGAAUGCAAAAAGCUGGAAAGACUGUUGUUUUUGCGAUACAAAUAUAGAGUCAUUAUCUUAUACAUACAAAUAUAUAUACAAGUUCAAGAUUUCACUUGAGUAAAAGUACAAAAGUAUUUACUGCAAAAUGUACAGAAAGCAUUAAAGGUUGUUGUUUCUUGAAGAAUGAUCAUUUUCAGAGAGUUAUAUUAUUGGAAUAUUAUUAGUGAUGCUUUGACACAUAAGCAGCUGGUGGAGGAGGAGCACAUUUUGUUAUAUAUGUCAGAUAAUUGCAGUGGAGUAAAAUGUACCAUAUUUCCCUCUUAAUUGUAGUAGAGUGGAAGUAUGAAAUAGCAUAAAAUUGAAAUACUCAAGUAAACUUAAGUUAACUAAAUGUACCUCAACACUUAACCACUUGAUGUUUCUCUGAAAUCCAGUUUUUAGGUAUUUGUACUUUAUUAAGAUAAGAUAAAAUACGAUAAUCCUUUAUUAGUCCCGAUGUUCGGCUAUUUUAAUCCUUUAAUCCACUACAUGUUGGGGACAAAUAAUUACUUGUUACUUUGACGAUUUAGAUUAUUAACACGAAAUACAAAUCAACUAACAAAUUAUGAUAUAUUAUUAUAGGUUCCCCAUCACAAUGUAAAGUAAUGUAAAUAAACCACAUCUUUACCAGCUGCAUGUACAUAUUCAUUCAUCCAUAAUUAUAAUCCAGUGAUGUAAUAUGUACGUAUAAUAGGUCAUUCUGCACAUUGAGUACAAUGCACUUCUACCUUUGGUAUUGUACAUUUGAUGGUACUUUAGUACAUUUUUUUAAUAAAGGACUUUUACUUGUAGUUUUUUGGGACUGCAGUUUUGCUACUUUUACUUAAGUAAAAUAUCUGAAUACUUAUUCCACUACAGCCGAAAUAUAUUAUCUUCUAAUUUCUCAUUUCCAGUGGCAAAGGUGUUUUUCAAGAUUUCAAGAUUGUCGAAAAUGGGGGAUCUCUAGACAACCUGGCAACCCCUGAUUUUCUGUUGACUUCGUUCCGUACUCUCGCGAUAUUCAGGCGGUCGGUGCCUGAUAGGAAUAAUGGCCGCCUUCGUAGCAAUGGCUGGAAAGGAGAACAACACAAGAGGCAUGUCGGACCGUUUUAGCUGACCAGGAAGAGCCUAAAUCACCGGGCACCUCCUCCUACCCGGUUUUCAGAACGAAUGGGUAGAAGGGGUCUUGCCAAAGGACACAAGAAACGAAAGAGACUCGGAGGGAAAGUGAGGAAAGCUAACGCUAUCUUGAUAGCUAACGCUAGCUGGGCUAUCAACACGGUUGUCACUGCCGGGGGAACAAACCCGAGUAGCCCUGACAACUGCGUGUCGGGAGGGUUGAAGGAAGCGGCGAGCAAACGCGGGAGCGUGUGAUCAAACGACUUGCGAGUCGCAAAAAUGAGUGGACCGGUGCAGGACAGUGAGCCAGAGGCGAAAGUCCUUCUCAUCAAGCGGCUUUACAGGGCCGUGGUGGAGUCUGUGCACAAGCUAGAUGUCAUCAUCGGCGGCAAAGCAUCCUACAGAGAGGUCUUCAAGCCGGAGAACAUCAGCCUUCGCAACAAGCUGAGGGAGCUUUGUGUGAAGCUGAUGUUUCUCCACCCUGUCGACUACGGCCGUAAGGCUGAGGAGCUCCUCUGGAGGAAGGUUUACUAUGAGGUCAUCCAGGUUAUCAAGACCAACAAGAAGCACAUCCACAGUCGCAGCGCUCUGGAGUGCGCCUACCGCACACACCUGAUCGCCGGCGUGGGUUUCUACCAGCACCUGCUGCUGUACAUCCAGUCCCAUUACCAGCUGGAGCUGCAGGACUGCAUCGACUGGACCCACGUCACAGACCCACUGAUAGGCCGAAAGAAACCGGUGUCAGCCACCCCCAAGGAGAUGGAGUGGGCACAGAUGGCCUGUCAUCGCUGUCUGGUCUACCUUGGAGAUCUAGCCCGUUAUCAGAAUGAACUUGCUGGAGUGGAGUCUGAGCAGCUGGCAGAAAGGUUCUAUCAUCAGGCUCUGUCUGUCAUGCCACACAUGGGAAUGCCGUUUAACCAACUGGGCACACUGGCAGGAAGCAAGUUCUACAAUGUUGAAGCAACCUACUACUACCUUCGCUGCAUCCAAUCAGACGCCCCCUUUGAGGGUGCCUAUGGCAACCUGAAGCGCCUGUUUGACAAAGCUGCCAAGAUGUACCACCAGGUGAAGAAGCAGGAAAUGAAGAAGCUGUCUCCUUCUCGCCAAAGAUUAAAAGACAUUAAGCACCUCCUGGUGAGCUUCAUGUACCUUCAGAGCCUGCUGCAGCCCAAGAACAGUCUAAUGGAGACGGAGCUGACGUCACUUUGCCAGUCGGUGCUGGAGGACUUCAACCUGGUGCUGUUCUACCUGCCGCCUCCACCGCAUGGCGGUGCUCACCACUCCCCCAGCGAGGAAGAGGAGGAGCAGCCGCAGCAUGCUGACAGCUCCUGCCCCGUGCUGCCCGACACCCUCGUCUUCAAAAUGGUGGUCACUUGUCUGAUGGUGGUGCACAGCCUGAAGAGGGGAGGAUCAAAGCAGUACAGCGCGUCCAUAGCGUUCACUCUGGCGCUGUUCUCCCAUCUGGUGAACCACGUCAACAUCCGUCUGCAGGCUGAACUGGAGGAAGCGGAGAGCCAGGUGCCUCCACUUCACACUGACGCCACAGAUGACCCGGAGGUGAGGGACUUAUCGGCUCCAGCGGCAGAUCGCCCCGUUGAGAAGCCUCUGCAGAAUGGCUCCCUGGAGCAAGAAGAUGAGGAGGAGAAGGAUGAAGAUGGCCGGGAAAGGGUUGGCGCCAAAAAACAGUGCAGUGUGGAAGAACAGCGCCAGUUGGAGGAAGAGAAACAGAGACAGAAGAAGAAGUACACCCGACUCUCGAGACUCCGCCGGCGCCGCUGUGCACGCAAGGACACUCGAGGAGAGGACGAGAGCGACCUGAGCGAAGGCUUCGAGAGCGAAGAGGACGAGGAGGACGUUGACGAGAGGAGGGGCCACGCUGACUCAACAGGUGCCACCACUACGGGGACCCCGGUCAAUCUGCCGGCUCUCAGGAAGGAGACUAAGAGGGAACCCCUGGGUGAGGAGGGCAGCUGGGGGAGCGGAUCAGAGGAAGAGGAGGAGGAAGGAGGAACAGCGUUUGACGUAGAGACCGACUCGGACAUGAACAGCCAGGAGUCUCGCUCAGACCUGGAGGACAUAGAGGACACGGAAAACUCUGACAACUUGGAGGGUCAGGCACGGGAGCCCCAAGACGAAGAGGAAGAUGAGGACCAACCCAAGGAAGAAGGAGGCGAGAGGGACGGCGAUACACCGCCCACCACUAACGGGCCUCUGGUGCCCAGCGACUCCAGCAUCAGCACUAACCUCCAGGCCAUGUCCUCGCAGCUCUUCCAGGCAAAGCGCUGCUUCCGCCUGGCGCCCACCUUCAGCAACAUGUUGUUGAGGCCUCCGGCCUCGUCUUCUCCGGGUAUUCCCACCCCUACCGAGGCCUCUGCCCCCCCCUCCCAAGAGACACCCCCUCCUCCUGGGGAUUCACCCUGCGAUAUGAACCCCGGUGCUGCCAACGGAACCAAUGACAAUGACUUGGACUCUGAUUCGGAAGGCAGCCAACACAGUACUCAAUCGGUACAUAGUGAGAAAACCCUCUUGGAGAAGCUGGAGAUCCUGACCAAUCAGGGGUUGAUCCAGGUGGUGAAAGUCUUUGUUGAUUGGCUGAGGACAAACACCGACAUCAUCAUCAUGUGUGCACAGAGUUCUCAAAGCCUGUGGAACCGACUGUCUGUGUUGCUCAACCUGCUUCCAGAUGGCAGCAAGAUGCUCGAGGCUGAGCUCGGUCUGAACGCCGAGGUGACGGAGCUGUUAAACGAGUGCGAGCAGCCCGGUUUGGUCCAAAGUCUGCUGCUGCCUGAAGAUUUGGCUCUGCGACACCUGCCUGCUCUCAACGUAGCUCACCGCCGCCUCGAUUUUACCCGCUGCAACCCGUCCCUCAGCUCUCUACAGGAGUGUGUCGUGCGAGUGUGUUGCAUUCGCAGUUUUGGCCACUUCCUGACGAAUCUCCAGGGCAACGUGCUGCACUUCAACCCGGAGGCGGGCAUCUUCACCAGCAUCAGCCAAUCCGAGCAGGACAAUCUGGUGCAGCAGGCCAAGGCCCAGUUCCGAAUGGCUGAAGAGGAAGCUCGUCGAAAUCGCCUAAUGAGGGAUAUGGCCCAGCUGCGACUGCAGUUGGAGGUGUCGCAGCUAGAGGGCAGCCUUCAGCAGCCUAAGGCCCAGUCCUCCAUGUCUCCCUACCUGGUGCCAGACACAGCUGCUCUCUGCCAGCAUCUCAACCUCAUCCGGCAGCUGGCCAGCAGCGGCUGCUUCAUCAUCAUCAUCCCACGGACAGUGAUUGAUGGACUUGACAGGUUGAAGAAGGAGAAUGCCGGAGCGAGGGAUGGCAUCCGCUUUCUGGAGUCUGAAUUUCGCAAAGGCAACAGGUACAUUCGCUGCCAGAAGGAGUCUGGUCGGAGUUUUGAAAGAGAUAAACUGAAGCGUCAGGACAUCGAAGCCUGGCAUUUAUACAAGAUGGUGGACAGCUGUCGUCAGCUGACCGUCUCCCAGAGCAAUGGAGAUGAAGACACAGCCGGCAUGGUGACCAUUCUGACUGACCAUCAGGUGGAGGAGCUUUGCACUCGCUCAGCAGCAAUGAAGUCGGCGAUCCAGGCGGCGGGCUCGGCGGGCAUGGAGCUGAAGAACAUCGUGGACUUCUACCGGCAGUGGAAGGAGAUUGGCUGAGAGCUCAAACAGGGGCAGCUGUCGGCGCUGCGAACAGCUGAUCGAUCACAACACUCGCUCCCUCUCUCUCUCUCUCCCACUCUUUUGCUCUGUGUGUAUCUGCGUCUUCAAAGGCAAAAACCAACUCAAAAGAAAGCUGAAUCGAAGGAAAGAGUUAAAAGCUUAGAGGAGUGGAAAAGUUAAAAGAGUGGAGUUUAAAAAAGACAAAAAAAAAAAGAAGAAGAGAAAUGCGAGUGAAAACGGAGCUGUAAGAAAGAGCAGAUCUCCCACCUCCCAAUCCUAAACAUAAAGAGUGACCUCUAGUGGUCGGAGCGCGGAAACGGUGGGGGAAUGUUACACAACUUUUAAAGUGCCCCUGGUUCACACCCUAACCAGGAAUACACUGUAUAUGUUAGCAAACGAGUACAUACGUGUCGAGAGAGAAAACCGCACACACAUUAACACAUUCACGCUCAGAUGAAUCCAUGUAGAUGUUUAGAGCAGUGGUUUGGAUUUCCGUUCCCUCCCUCCCUUUCCCUUCAGUCUGUAUUUCAGAGAAGAGGGUAAAGGACGUGCGUGUCUGGUAGGGCUGCGUUUUUGGAAAGCCGAGGGUGUAUGAAGACAACUUUAAAGACGGAGAAAACCCACUCUGUCCACCUGACACCUGAGGCUUCCAGCUCUACAAAACCAAGCAGGCGUCUCGUCACUCACAGGCCUCUAGGAAAGGUUGAGGAAGACAUAAUGUACACUUCUCCGGGAUCGGUUUCUUUCCUAUGUGGCUCCUUGUUUUUUUCCUUAAUUGCGGUGUACUUUUGUGACCAGUGACUUUGUAUUGUGCUAUUGUGUAUGAGAAGAGAAAAGGAAGAAGAACAAACAGGUGGUGUCCUGUUAAAAGUUUUUAAUUUGGAUUUUAUUUUUGUACCCAAAUGAUGUUGUUUAUUUUGCUUUUCAUAAGCUAAAUUUGAACGAGAUCUCCAAGAAUGUUUAAGGGAAGGGGUUGUUGCCGUGCGUUGAUCCACUGAACAAAUCCUUCAGAUCAGAAAAUGAAGUGAACGAUUUAUAAUCCAGAAUUUAUUUAUCCAGGUGUCAUGUUAGAGGGAGCUAGAAGCUGAUCAGCCCCAUGUUGUAGCCAGUCACCGAGGAGGCUCGGAGGAGAGGGGCCGGCUGACUCCCAGAGGACUGUGGGCUGUAUUUGGACCCCUGUAAACUCCUAAAAUGUGUCCCAUCUACAUCACCAUUUCCAUAGUGACUGUCCCAUCAUGCACAGUGCAAAAGAAAACCAGUAUAUGUGUGUGGCCAUGCAUUGAACAAUAAAAAGAAACUCGUAUAAGAUGA